CAAGUUAGCUACGGUUUUUAGUUGCAGCAAACAAUCAAACAAUCUUCCCUUUCAUCUGCUUCGCGGGUGGUUGACUCUGCGUAAACUACGAGAUGGAAAAUUGGAAGCGUAGCAGAACUCGUGAUCGACUCAGUGAGCUUCCCGACACCUCUAUUUUACAAAUACUUUCGUAUUUGCCUAUUACACAAGUUGUUCAGACAACAAUCCUCUCUAAACGUUGGGAAGAUCUCUGGAAAGCCGUCGCCUGUCUUAAUCUCGACGAUUCCACGAUUAACUAUUUCAAGGAUCUUGCGCGAGCUCGGGACUUCGUUAAUCGGGCAUUAGUGUUGUGGGACGGCGGCAAUAAGAUUCAGAAAUUCAAGAUUGAUUUUGUAAGUACUAAUUCUCUAGAGCCGUUUGUUGACGACAUAAUCGAUAUUUCGUUGGGCUUCGCAACGGAGAAAUCAGCGGCGAAGUUAGAGGUUCAUCUGCAUCAGAUUAAUUCGACAGAGAGAUCGAAGUAUAAAUAUUUGGAAAAUUAUCACUUGGUGCUCAAGUAUCUCUACUCGUGCUCAUCGCUUGAAGUCUUAUCGCUCAAAGACUGUAGCCUUCGGAUUCACGAGAAUAAUAAUGUGAAGUGGGAUCGGCUCAAGAGUUUAACGAUUCAUGUGGAUUUACGUCGCGUUGAGGACGACGUGAUCAGCCAAAUCUUGGUUGGAAGCCCUACGUUGGAAGUGUUUGCGUUGUCUCUCACAGACAUUAAUGCAACCUUAGUUGGGAACUUGUGCAUCCAAUCUACUAGUUUGAAGAAGCUCUCGAUUGUGAAUAUGAUGGAAUUGGAGCCGUGGAUGGAUAAUCAGCUCGAAAUCCGAACUCCGAAUCUUGAAACCCUAGAAAUUUUAGGGCUUACAUACUUCAAGUUUCCGCUGAAUGCGCCGACUUUGACUGAUGUAACUCUUGGAUUUUGCCGUGACGAACAUGAUUUGUACUCUGAUGAGUUGGGCAAAAUGAUUGAAGAAACAUUGAGCCAAAUUCUUCCAACCAGAUAUGUUGAAAGUGUCACCCUAUCGAAGGAUUGGUGCGGCAAGGACCUAGGAAUCUUGACAAGUAUAUGUUUCGAUUAUUCAUCGUCUUUUCUCAUGGUCAAGUACUUGGAAAAGGAUCAGUUCUUGGAGAAGGAUAUGUUUUUUUUUUCGAAACAGGAGAAGGAUAUGUUUGGUUUCACCUUUUCCCAUGUUGAAGAUGUUGCAAAGCAAUGUCAAUUUCUCAAAAUUCGAAUAAAUAGCCGCUCUUCUUGAGAGAUAUUUAGUCUUCAUUGAAGAAAAAGGCGAUGACGAUGAAGACGAAGAUGAUCAACAGUCACUCAAGUUUGAAGCAAAUCGCCUUCGUUCCUUUCUGCUGCACAAUUGAUUUUCAUGUGAGCACUCAUGAUUAUUUCUUAAAAGGGACAUAGAAUUCUUUUGUAAAUUUCCUUGAUAUGUUUAUUUUUAGAAUUGAGAGUUUAAUUUCUUUGCUUUUUAAUUUCUUUUUUGAGAUCUUUGGAGUGUUCUUCUUUC